AUGCCACUUCUCUUUCUCUUGUCUUGGCAAAGUUUUGGGAUCUUACACAACAACAACCACAACAAACAACAACCAUAUAUUUGUCUUAUUUGUAUCAUUUGUCCCCUUGUGUUCUUUAUCUUAAGGAAAGUAAAAUCUUGAUUAAUCUGAAUAAUGAUGGGAGCAAAUGAUGGGAGAAGAACGCCUUUAAUGAAUCUUGGGGUUCAAGUAUCGAUGAGAGUAUUAGCCAUUGGCACUGCAUUGGCCUCCAUGGGGCUCACGAUCACUAACCAUGAAGUCGCCUCUGUUUAUGGCAUUAAUUUUGAGGCUAAAUACGACUACUCAUCUGCCUUUAGGUAUUUGGUGUACGCAGAAAUAGCUAUCGCCGGCAUGACAUUGUUUACGCUCGUAUGGGCUUGUUUAGCUGUCCGUAGAAGAGGACUUGUUUUUGCACUCUUCUUCUUUGAUUUGCUCACGACAUUGACGGCUAUAUCGUCUUUCUCUGCGGCCAUGUCGGAUGGUUACAUCGGCAAGUAUGGUAAUACACACGCCGGUUGGCUACCGAUAUGCGGCUACGUCCAUAAUUACUGUAACCGUGUUACUCUCUCACUCGCUUUGUCCUUCGCAUCUUUUCUCCUCUUGUUCAUCCUUACAGUCUUAACUGCCUCAGCUGCUCGUCAUUUCUGAUUAACUUUCUUUACGUUUUCAUAUUAUACAUUUGCUUAAAUUCUCAUGAUUUUUCAAGCUUUCUUAUACUACUUACUAUUAUAAGAUGAAAAAUCAAAAGAAAGAAAUUGUAUCCUUCCGUGAAAUGUUUGUCCUUGAGACUCUUGUUAUUUGUUAUGUUCAAGUCUCGUCUUCAUUUGGGACUCUUGUUACGUGUGCAUUUCAAUACUAAUCAACCCCUCUCUAUAU